AUGGAAGAUUCACAAGUACCGUCUCCCUCACGUAACCUAGAUCACGCCGUAAACCACACAAGAAACAUCCCUCUCGAUCUCGUUUUAGAUAUCCUCUCGAGACUUCCAGCGAAGCCCAUCCUCCGAUUCCAAGCAGUGUCGAAGCUAUGGUUCUCCAUCAUCCGCAGCAAAUAUUUCGUCGAUACCUUCCUAACUAGGUCAAAAACUCGUCCUCGUCUCCUUUUAACGUUCAAGCACUCCGGUUCUCGUAAGCGUUUCAUCUUCUCGGCUCCUGAACCGGAAGAUGGCAAAAUAUACUCCACAGUCAUGGCCAGACACGACAUGACGAUCUCGGAUCUCGUCUACGACAUCGAAUCUCGCCCUUUAAACGGUCUGGUUUGUUGCGCACGUGGUUCAUCGAUCGCUGUUUGUAACCCCACCACUAGACAAAUCGUAAAAUUACCAGAUGAGCAUUUCGUUUUCACGCUGGGAUCUCAACAAAAGAAGUGGAAAAAGAUUGAGUCAGAGGCAGUCACUAAAGAUCCUUACCGCUGCAUGAAAGGUGAGGUUUGUAUCGAUGGUUUUAUAUACUACGGAGUUGGUUAUUCAAGGAUAGCUAGAUUUGAUGUUACGUCUGAGAAGAUUGAGUUUAUUCAAGUACCUAAAGAUUAUAACGCAGUCUCAUGUUAUUCAAGACUUAUAACUUGCCAAGGAAAAUUAGCAUGUUUUAGCUAUGACUUCUACGGGACAUCUGAGAUGUAUAUGUGGAUUCUGCAAGAUGCUGAGAAACAAGAAUGGUCGAGCAUUGUGAUUUGUGAUGUGUAUAGUGAGUUGAGAGAAUUUUUUACUGAUGAGAGACUUUUGUGCACUGGAGAAAUUCAUACCAACGAGGCUAUACUGGUUUCAAGAUCUUUAAACUCAUCUGAGCUCUUUUCUGUUUACUAUUGCGAUAUGAUUAGUAAGCGUGUUAGAAGAGCUGAGGUUGAUGGAAUCACGGAUGAUGAGUUUAGAGGUGUGCAUGGAAUUUGUACGCAUGGUCGUGAGGUGUUAUGUUCCCCCGGUCACGUUGAGAAUAUUAUGUUCUUCUAACAUUAUCACUCUUGGUAGUUUCAUUAUAGCUUCACCUUUUCGUGGCUUACCUUUUAAUUCUCAUUCGCUGGCUUUAAUUCUAUUUUCAAAAAGAACAAAUAUAUUUUGUUGCUUCGUUUA